AUGGCAUCUUCUAGCAGGACGUCGAGCCCUGUGUCAUCUACACCCCGCUCCCUUGUAUUCGAUAUACCUCAGACCCCGACCGAUGCAACUCCCGAGCCUGCUGCAGACGAUGCAUCUCAAUGCGAGUUCGACAUUGACUGGGCAAACAUAUGGCAUGGCGGAAAAAGACUUCUGGGCGCCAAAAAGAGGCCGCGUCACCGACGGGUCGUCGGCACGAAGGUGAAAGAGUCAUGGAUAUAUCAACACGGCGCAAAUUUAGAGCACAAAGGGAUACGCUACUGGCUGUGCAGGCUUUGUCACGAAAGAAGAAGUCAUUCGACGGCUCUGUACGCUUCGUCGGGGACAGCUCAUGCCGCAAGGCACCUACUCCGUCAGCACCAAAUUGGUGACAGGAAUCCAUGCUUGGAAACCCCGUUCACCAAGACGGCCAAGGUCGCUUCCUCUGUACGCCCCUUAUCGCGACAGACUAGUCUAAGCUUUCCGCCUGCCCCGCACUGCGACGAAAAGUUAUGGAAAGCUCGUUUUGUGGACUGGGUAAUCCUCGAAGACGUCACCUUCCGGCAAGCAUCAAGCGAGCGGCUUCGGUGGUUGAUCGCAAAUGGCGGGGAUCUUGCCAGCCAGCUACUUCCCGAGCACCACACAACGGUCUGUUCGUGGAUCCGCCAGACCUUCGAAUCUCGCCAGCAGAUCGUCUUUAAUCUCGUCAAGAAUGCAAAAAGUUGCGUUCACCUUAGCUUUGAUCUCUGGACCGCAUCCAAUGGGUUCAACUACAUUGGUGUUGUUGGCCACUUCGUCGACAAUCGAGGCAAAAAACGGGACGUACUUCUUGGACUGCCGCGUCUAGUUGGUCCACAUUCUGGCGAAAAUAUGGCUUCCUAUAUUAAGGAGGCCAAGAAGGGGGCUAUUGGCAGGCUCCACAACCUGGCCACCUAUAUCCGCCGGACGGACCAGCGACGACAAGCGCUUCGGCUUUUACAGACGGAGCUCGCUGGGGAUGAUGCCAUAUUUACGCUGGAGAUCGUUGUUGACGGGAAGACACGCUGGAACUCUAUUUACAACAUGAUCAGUCGCGCAAUUGAACUGCGAAGCGCUAUUGAGCUUUAUCAAUCUCGCUGGCAAAAACCCAAACAUGAUUCCGCCCACCGUGACUUAGCAAAGGAUUUCCUCAACGCUGCGGACUGGACCGAACUGGAGCGCUUCCGUGACUUCCUGCAGCCGUUCUACAUCCUUACGAAGACUAUGGAGGGCAACGCUAGUAAACUAGGGACAGAGGGCGGCCAUGGUGCGGUGUGGGAGACCCUCAAGACAAUGGACUAUUUAUUUGUUAAAUUUAGGCAGGCGGCAGAGGAGACUCGGUUCGAGGAGCCGUCCCAUUUCAAGUCGGGAAUUGAUUGCGGGUGGAGGAAGCUUGAAGACUACUACCUCAAAACGGACCGUACACCAGUCUACCGAGCGGCCCUGGCACUCCAUCCAUCCUAUGGAUAUGAUUGUUUUGAGCGGCACUGGAAAAUCGCGAUGGAUAAGCCGCUGUGGUACAGCGACAUGCAGUCCGUUGUAGGUAGCAUGUUCGAUGAAUAUGUCCGACAGGCUGAAGUUGAAACUCAAGCUCGAGCGGGAUUUUUCGAUGGCGAAACUGAUGAGAUGGAAGCCGACAUGAACGACUACAGUUCAUUUGGGAAAAGGUCAAUCCGCUCUUUAAGUACACAGCGAAAGAAGGUGAAGGCAACGAGCGAGCUUGACCUAUUCCAGACACGGCCAAUUUAUCCUCAAGAUCUCGAUGUUGCCAGCCCUCUCGAAUGCAGACAUGUAAUUAAUCAAUUAAUCUGA